AUGCGUUUCUUCGCCGCCUUCCUCGCCAUGCUCGGCGUCGCCAGCGCCAUCGAGAGCUACAAAUCUGUCCAAUGCGGCAGAAAAAACCAAUACAUUGUCAACACCGUGAACCGAUUCUGCGCCAAGACAAACAUGGUCGCCCCCAGCACGUACACUCGUAAUGGCCUGCUGAGCUUGAACACGUACGUCUGGCUGGGCAUCAACGGUAACUGUAACCCUGCCCAAUGGGUCCCUUCCGCCAUCUGCAAGUCUCAGUUCUUCGACAUGUGUAUCAGCGGCAAUGAUCUCGGUGCCAACUACCGCAGAUACGGUAGAAACAACUGUCAAGUUUGGGAGGUCAGCGCUACAAAGAGUCAGCAUGGCGGCGGGAGCGGCGUACAGCACAACAAUGGACUGGGAAAACAAGGCGGUUGGAAAGAUCUAAAGAAGGCUUUUGGGAUUCACAAGCGCGAUGAUGAGACUCAUGAGUCGAUGAAAGAAGCUGAGAACGUGGAGGGGACGACCAACGUUGAACAGUAG